AUGUCCGGUGCAGACCGCACUGGAGCAGCUGCAGCUAGAGGCACUAUCUUACUUGUUGUCCAUCCCGUCCUUCGUCCGACCUACUACCUUCCGUUCCAAUCGUCCCUUCCAUUACCUGCCGGAACCCCUCUCCUGCUCUUACCACAUGGAGUUCCGGCGUAUUAUCUCAGCACUUACUCUGGUCCUGCGGCAGCCCUCACUGCACAGUUCGACGAGGUACUCAUCGGCCUAGGUGCGGGAAAUUGGAAGCGGCCCUCCCCGGGAUCCAACACUCACCAAGAUCCGACUUUCAUUGUGGUCUGGCUCGCGGUGCAGAACAAGCAAGGUGAAGACAAAGGGAUGCCUGUCAUUUGGCCGGCGACGCUGUGCGUGUCCUAUCAUCCCAACUCUCCGGCGGUGCACGCUCGUGCGUCGCUCCCGUACAUUCCCCAGCUCCCUACCCAGCUGCAAGCAUCUCCACCUCCCCCGGUUCCCCCCGUACCUCAGUCCCUCCCGCUUGGCAUACCAGCGACUCCGUCAGCUGAGGUGCCGGCAAGUGCCACGACGACCUCUCCCCAGGUGCCUCUGCCAUCAGCCGAGCGGGAUCGUUUGACUCCCUCCUUCCAACGUCGACCCACUUUGGCGAGAGCAAGCACCACCGAAAGGCAGGAGCAAGAAAUCCUCGCUAGCAUGAAGGGCGGCCAAGAAAUUGGCCAGCCGCCACCUUCAAUUUCUCCAGUACCUACCAUCUCGAAACCAGAGCUUCCCCCCAUCCAGACGUACGGCCUGGCCGACUUGAAGACCGCAAAUCCUCCGACACAAGUGGAAGCUGCUGAAGACGCGCCCGCCUCGGCGAGUUCGGUGCACUCCGGAGAUUCUCUGUUUUCCUUCCAAGAUGCAGAUGCGCCAGCGGAUGUCCCUUCGCCGGAAGGUAUAGUCGUCGACCCUACAAACUCUGCUGAAGAGGGCGUCGUUACUACUGCGCCUGUCGAUAUCCCGCCACCAAUCAAUACAGCAAGCUUUGAUCCCUUUCAAAGCUUCGAAAAUGGUUGGGUGCAGCCGCCGAGUACUUUCAUGGACGUCAACGAGGAUUAUGACAUGGAAGCCUAUCGUGCCACCCACGCGCUUGUCAACACCGCUCCUCCCGACAAUUUCCCUUCAGUGUUUGCGCUUGCGCCAGUCACUGCUGUCGAUGGCCCUGUACCAGCUCCAGGACCUCCCUCGGCGCAUCUACUGGUCGAGCCGUUCACGCCAAGGACGAGUGUCGACAUGCAGGUCAUUCUUGACAGCCACGGCCCACCAGAACUGGUACCCCCAUCACCUUCCAGAACGUUGUCAUCACACUCUGCCCCUGCCACGCCUUCGGUCAUCCUCGCUGAUUCCGACAAGUCGCCCGCGAAUCGGAAAUUCAGCUUUGCCACCCUCGCCCCUAGUGUCUUCGACCCUAUUCCUUUUGCGCCUAGCCAUCGAGAAGCCGACGGAAAAUAUGCCAUAGGGAAGUUCGCGCUGCCGACUCCGCCUAUGGACCAAGACCGCGUGGAGCCCAUGGUCUUCAUCUCGUCUAGGCCCACAUUUCCCGGUAGCUGGGAAUCUAAGUAUCGCGCCGCCACCGAUCCCAAGAUCGGCAUUAUCCGCAAGCUCAUCGGAGUCAAGCCAAGGAAAUCCCCAUGGGACUCAUAUCGUGAACCAGAGGAGUGGCAGAGUAGCUCCCCGCCUGCUGUCGAGGUCGACUCCGACGAAUCCGACGACGAAGUCUGGAUGGAAGAAGACGACUCCGUGGCAGCGCCCCGACCGUCGACUCCGCCACCGUCGUACCUCCCGCUUGGCCCCACCCUGCUGCACACCCACUUCCACCAUGCGCACUUGCUGCCGAUGUGCACGCCUCUUCGGCCUCCGGGAGUGGCCGUCAACAAUGCUCCCGGAAAUGCCCCACCGAUCUCGGUCCCUACACCUAAGUCCAAGUCGCUAGAGGCGGCCGCGCAAGUGCUCGUGAAUGAGGUCGUCGAGAACCCCAUCUGGGCGGAAGCGUGGCGAGCAAAUGCAUCUCUAUCCCCGACCCCGCCGGUCCUGCCUGCGAGGAUCUGGCAAGCGGACGCACAGUUCAUCAGCAAUUUCCUCGGCCGGCCCUACCAGUCCCGAGCCGCCAUGACAGAGCUGCAGACAUUGUGCGGUGGAGGCUCGGGUCAAGGCGACGCCAGACUGACGAUCAGCGAUCUGGAAGCUCCGUUGAUCACACUUGCAAAGGGUGACGCAGUGAUGCAAGUGCUGCCGCCUUCGCUCAGGUUCUGGGAGAAGCUUGGACUGUCGCCCCGGGCCGGCCCCAAAGACGUGACGGCAUAUGUCUUCUUCGAAAGUUCUGACGAAGAUCGCGGGGCUGAAGUUGAGGACUGGCUUGCCCGAGUAUCGGCAGCGUACCACGCGAAGGGCUUCGGAGCACAUACCCUUGGCGUUUGCAAGAACGGCGCGAAGGGCACCUUUCCGACCCGAUUUGAUGCAUUGCGGAAGGCGCUCAGUAUGUUCAGAUUCAACGUCUCAUUUAUGUCUCCAAGGGGUCCUCACGCGGUCUUUUACAUUGUCACCCCUGUUUCCAUCAUCUCGUCAUCUUCGACCAUCCUUCGACAGAUUCUCUCUGCCGUCAGGCGCUUUUACAAGGCGCAUACGGACGACGACAUCUUGGUCCACUUCGUCCCCGAAUACGUCGUCUUUGGCAACCUUUCUCACCCCGCCGCCAACUUGGGCCGGCUGGACACGUUCGUCGGUAGCGUCUACGACCGCAUUCUAAUCCCCGUCAACCGCACCAUGUCCCGCAAGUUCUUCACUCACGGCGCCCCGGUUGUUAGACACUUCGAAGCUCCAGCCUACGCCUUGGUUCCCUCAUCUUUCGUCAGAACUAGAAACGGCGCUCUGCAUUCAAAAGUUACGUUCUCUCUGGACCCAGGAGCGCAAACGCUCGACGUGACUCGGCGGCAUAUGCUGUUACAUGUGGGCUACCAAGUGUCGUUCUGCGGACGGUGGAUCCUUGCUGCAUGUAUCGACGCUGAAGGGGAAACACACGUGCUUAAAGCUUGGUUGACCCCUGAUGAGUAUGUCGAGGCCUUCGUCGUCCAGCAAGUCUGGAAUCUCGUUCAUGGCAUAUCCAAGCGUGCCCACAUCGAAUGGCGGAUUGUCAUAUCAAAGCUUGGGUUGAUGCAUUACUCUGAACUUGACGCCUGGGUAGAACACCUAGAGUCCGUGGUCACCACCUCUAACGACACUCCCCCAGUGCACGUCACACUACUCGCCGUGGAUCACGAACACUCAUGGACAUUUCUUGCUCCUACCGACAAUAUCUCGUUUGAUAUCCUACAUCGCACUCCCAUUCCAGCCGCUGCCUUUCCUUCCUCAAAGUCUUCGCGCACUCGCACUGUUUUCUCGGAUGCAUCUGUCACCGCGUACUAUCUUGCCCCAUCCUCUCAAUCGCUCCUCUAUCCCUCCAUCACAGUCGAUCGAUCCACCAAAUGCGGCCCAUUUCCACUUAUUCCCGGCUCUUUCGAAGCACCCUUCAUCCCAGAUCUCGAAGAAGACGACUCAUCCUACUCAGUCGUUUCCCUCUCUGACUCCGAGAGCCUUCGUGUACCCGCGUGGGUCGGCGUCGUCAGCGCGCCGUCGUCGACCGACUACACCUCGCUUUCCACCACGCGCAUCUUCCGUCUCUUCACCACGCACUCACCCCGCUCAACCUACGCUGCCCGUGCCUCAUCUCCGGGUGACGCACAACAAGACCUCAUGGGCGACAUCGUGCGCAGUUUCCACGAUCUCGCCGUGCUCUCGCGCGUGCGAUGGAGGCUGCCCUCGGAUCCGGCCCUCCCGUUCCACCUCGCUGCGCUCGAGUUGAUGCGGGCGGCGCUGAGCGGGGGCGCGGUGGACCCCUAG